ACAUCACUUUCCCCAAAGCGAAACAAAAUUAUAAGAAAAAAAAAAAGAGUUAGGGUUCUUCAUCGACGAUGGGUGAAUUUGAAGGGUGGACAUCGUGGCUGGAACCAGCGUAUUUGCUGUGGAAACCUGGGGGUCGUGGCUACGAGAGACCUUCAUACAUGACUCGGACUGAGGAAGACGAGCCUAAGCUCACACCAGAGCAAGAACUUGAAAUAAUGACCAAAGAAGUCAAUGACAGCGAUGGGUUUGAUAUAGAUUUCAGUUCCUUCCUUUGCGUUUUCAACUACCAUCCUGCGAUUUUCGAUUCAGAUCUAUUCGCUGACGAAGAGUCAGCUACUACUGAGGAUUUCCUCAACAGGCUAGCUCAUGAAGCCCUUGAUGGCCAUAAUGCCAAACAUGGCACAGAAUAUGAGUUUGUCAAAGUUGUUAAAGCUAAUUAUCACUUUGCUUGUGCGAUUAUGUUUCUCAUAACGUUUCAAGUGAAGGAUCCUUACGAUGACAAGAUUAAACUCUUCCAGACAAGAGUUCGCCAGGGUAGACAUAUCACCACUGACUUUGUCUUCUGCAGGCCCAAACCCAAUCAAGGAGUGGAAUACUUUGGGAUCAAGAAAGAUUCCAAGAGAGAUAUUGAGGAACUUGUCAACAAAGAUGUUCAGAAAGAUGUCAAGAAACCAAAAAUUGGAGUAUGAGCUUUCGGGCGCCACUACGAGUUAGAAUCCAGAGAUGCUCCAUUCUUCUUAUAUCUAUUUGUGAACUAGAGAUCACUCUUAAUUAAUUACUUAUGGGAGUUCUUGUGUUAGCUGCGAAAUGGAAUUUAGUUGUAUUGUUUACUUUUAUAUGUACCGUAGAUUAUUAUAUGAGUAUCAACAUUAUCUUUUGAAAUGACUCUCCUCUCUCCAUCACAGCGAGAGAAUUUGAACUGAAAGCAGAGAUUUUCAUU